GGUGAUCUAUGUGAAUUUUUGUUGUAAACAUUGACCAUUUUACACUUCUUUAUUUUAAAUUUUUAUUUGAGGAUUGUGUUCAAUUGUUUUCUGGUAAAUGGCAUGACACACUACAUCCAGGCCAAGGUUUGGAUGUUUAAAGCUGGUUUGUAUUGCUGUUAAUUUAAGGUUAAAUUAUUUCCAAAUAUUGUUCAUCCCUAGGCAGUGCAAGUCUUACUGUGCUUUUUCCUGUAUUAAUGGUAUUUUAUGCACUUUGCUACUUCUACCCAUUUCUCUGCUAUUUCUCUCUCAAACUCUGUUGCUCAGAAUAUCUUUUAUGCUAGCCAAGGAGCCAGGGACUUGGACUUUUUAUCUUGGACUGCUAAAGGUUUUCUCCCCCAGGAGCAGGUAGCAAAUUCGGAGGAUUUAUUGAAAGACUUCAAUGUGCAUUGCACACAGGAAAUGACAAUGCAAGAGCAUGACGUCCCAGUACUCAGGGGCGGACCUGGAUUCUACAAGGUAGUGAAGACUGGGCCCUCUGGUCACAACAUCAGAAGCUGCCCAAACCUAAGAGGUAUCCCAAUUGGAAUGUUAGUUCUGGGAAACAAAGUCAAGGCUGUGGGCGAGGUGGUCAGUUCUGAAGGUACAUGGGUACAGUUGGAUAAAAACAGCAUGGUAGAGUUCUGUGAGAAUGAUGAGGGUGAGGCUUGGUCCUUGGCAAGAGAUGCUGGAGGCAAUCAAUAUCUCCGUCAUGAAGAUGAGCAAAUUGUAGAACAGGAAUCACAGACACCACCUCCAAGCCCGUUUUCCAUUCAGAUUUUCCGGCGCAGUGCAAGUGGAAACAUCAUUCCAGGAUUUGACUACGGCCUUGGAAAUAAAGGUGAUCAACUGAGUGCCCUACUGAAUUCCAUUCAGUCAAGGCCUAGUUUGCCAGCUCCUUCCAUCUUUGACCAAGCUGCAAAACCUCCCUCUUCCCUAGUCCACAGUCCAUUUGUGUUCGGACAGCCCCCCUCCUUCCAGCAGCCUCAGCCUCCACUUCAGAACCCCACACCAUGCUGUGAUGCUUCUUGUGAGCCUGUUAGCAAAAUUAAAGCUCGUCCUACAUCUGCUUUUUCUCAGCUUUCUAACAGACCAAAGGAUGAAAGGUUGCUUUUUACUGUUCCUGCUAAGCCAACUCCUACAACAAGCAAAUCAGACUUGCCUUCAAAGCAGAAAGCUGAAAGCAAGUCACCCAAGCCAGAUGGAAGAGCAAGCCGCUCUAAUGCUGAUCAGAAGAAACCACGAAAUAAUGAGGGGCUCACAGCUAGUGAGUCUCUUCUCCUUAAGUCAGAUGCUGCAAAACUCCGAUCAGAUUCCCACAGCCGAUCUUUAUCACCAAACCACAACACUCUACAAAUUCUGAAGUCUGAUGGAAAAUCAUGUGGUCUGAGAUCUGAAUCACCUGGUCCUGGUUCACGCUCCACAUCACCAAAACCAAAAACUGUGCCUACUGGAAAGACUAAUGUGUCCAGUGCAGGUGCUUCCCGCUCUGCAUCUCCACAAGAGAAAAGCCUACCUCAAAAAGCUGCUGGUCCUGCAAAGGCCAAGCUUGAACCACCGCGGGAAAGAUCUAAGUCAGAUUCCUAUACUCUGGAUCCUGAUACACUACGCAAAAAGAAGGUACCAUUCACUGAACCGUUAAGAGGGCGGUCCACUUCACCCAAACCGAAAAUGACUGUGAGGGAUGGUAAACCUGCUGAUGGUAGUGAAAAUAGAGCUCCAUCUCCACAUGUUGUCCAAGAAAAUCUACACAGUGAGGUAGUUGAAGUCUGUUCUUCAAGUACAUUAAAGACCAACAGCAUUACUGACAGCACAUGUGAGGACAAUACUGAGGUAAUAAGUGUUGAUGAUGCUGCAGGCAAAGUUCAUUUUAGCAUUGGAAAAGCGCCAGUAAAGGAAGAGCAAGAGACACGUUCAUCUCCCAAAGCCAACCGUAAGAGUGCUGGCAGGCAUGUUCGGCCCAAAAAGGAAAAAACAAACCUUCUGUUUAAAGAUGGUUCAAGAUCUACUGAACCAGCAAAGGAAGCAAUGUCCCCAUCUGUAGCUGAAUGUUCAAGAGCUGUGUUUGCAGCUUUUCUUUGGCAUGAAGGUAUUGUUCAUGAUGCUAUGGCAUGUUCUUCAUUUUUAAAAUUUAAUCCAGACCUGUCCAAGGAGCAUGCACCCAUUAGAAGCAGUCUUAACAGUCAGCAGCCUACAGAAGAAAAAGAAGUCAAGUUAAAGAACAGACACUCAAUAGAAAUAUCAUCUGCUCUCAACAUGUUUCAUAUAUCGCCACAUGGGCCAGACAUAUCAAAAAUGGUCAGUAUUAAUAAGAACAAGGUUUUGUCAAUGCUUACUGAACGGACACUUCACGAGAGGUGUGAGGAUAGCAAGCAUGAAAGUUCCUCAUUUGAUGUGUCAAAUCACCACCCUACCAAAUCCAGAGCUCUUCUUCCUUUAACACUUCAACACCUUGUGGCCUUUUGGGAAGAUAUUUCACUGGCCACUAUAAAGGCAGCUUCCCAAAAUAUGAUUUUCCCCAGUCCUGGUUCUUGUGCCGUGCUAAAGAAAAAAGAAGGUGAAAAGGACAACAAAAAAGCCAAGAAGGAGAAAAAGAAGAAGGAAAAGGCGGAGUCACGGCCACGUGGUAAUCUCUUUGGUGAAAUGGCUCAGCUAGCAGUAGGAGGACCAGAGAAAGACACAGUUUGUGAACUAUGUGGAGAAUCGCAUCCUUAUCCAGUGACAUAUCACAUGCGGCAAGCUCACCCAGGCUGUGGAAGAUAUGCUGGUGGUCAAGGCUAUAACAGCAUAGGACACUUCUGUGGCGGAUGGGCUGGUAACUGUGGUGAUGGAGGUGUAGGUGGAAGCACUUGGUACUUAGUCUGUGACCGCUGCAGAGAGAAAUAUCUUCGGGAAAAACAAGCAGCGGUAAGGGAUAAGGUAAAGCAAUCCAGGAGAAAACCAGUACAGUUGAAAACACCACGUUCUUUACCUACCAUGGAAGCCCAUCAAGUGAUAAAAGCCAAUGCACUCUUCCUGUUGUCCUUGAGCAGUGCAGCAGAACCAAGCAUUCUCUGUUAUCACCCCCCCAAACCAUUCCCAUCCCAGCUACCUAGUGUGAAAGAAGGGAUCUCCGAAGAUCUGCCUCCCAAGAUGCAAUGUCUCUACCUGCAGACUUUAGCAAGACAUCAUCACGAGAACUUUGUAGGCUACCAGGAUGAUAAUCUCUUCCAGGAUGAAAUGAGAUAUCUUCGGUCUACAUCAGUGCCAGCUCCUUACAUAUCAGUAACUCCCGAUGCUUGUCCGAAUGUUUUUGAGGAACCAGAGAACAACAUGAAAUCUAUGCCACCCAGUUUGGAAACAAGUCCUAUAACAGAUACCGAUUCUGCUAAACGCACAGUCUUCCAAAGAUCUUAUUCAGUUGUUGCCUCAGAAUAUGACAAGCAGCAUUCAGUUCUUCAGCCACGAGUCAAAGCUAUUCCCAGAAGGAGAGUCAACAGUGGAGAUGCUGAUUCAUUUCGCACAUGGACACAGACAAACAGCAAUUUCUUCAAAAUAACACAAGAAGUUGGGUCCUCUUUACUUAGACACCCAUCACCAGAGCUGUCUCGCUUGAUCUCUGCUCAUAGUUCACUGUCUAAAGGCGAGAGGAAUUUCCAGUGGCCAGUUUUAGCCUUUGUUAUCCAACACCAUGAUCUUGAAGGCCUUGAGAUUGCUAUGAAACAGGCCCUUAGGAAGUCCGCUUGCAGGGUCUUUGCUAUGGAGGCUUUCAAUUGGCUGCUUUGCAAUGUCAUUCAAACAACAUCUUUGCAUGACAUUUUAUGGCACUUUGUGGCAUCACUUACACCUGCUCCUCUGGAACCAGAGGAAGAAGAGGAUGAGGAGAAUAAGGCAAAUAAAGAGAAUGCUGAACAAGAGAAAGAUACAAGAGUGUGUGAACACCCUCUUUCAGACAUUGUGAUUGCUGGUGAAGCAGCUCACCCAUUGCCUGACACAUUUCACCGUCUUCUUCAGACUAUUUCUGAUCUUAUGAUGUCACUUCCUGGGGGCAGUUCACUACAACAGAUGGCACUGAGGUGUUGGAGUCUUAAAUUCAAGCAGUCUGAUCACCAGUUUCUUCACCAGAGUAAUGUUUUUCACCACAUUAACAACAUCCUUUCAAAGUCUGAUGAUGGUGAUAGUGAAGAAAGCUUCAACAUUAGUGUGCAGUCUGGCUUUGAAGCAAUCAACCAGGUUAUUGAACUUUGCUUAGUUACUGCCCUCAAAGACAUGACCAGCAUUGUUGAUAUUAAGACUUCCAGCAGGCCAGCUAUGAUUGGAAGUUUAACAGAUGGGUCUACAGAGACAUUUUGGGAAUCGGGCGAUGAAGACAAAAAUAAAACAAAGAGCAUCACAAUAAACUGUGUGAAAGGCAUUAAUGCGCGUUAUGUAUCAGUCCACGUGGACAACUCUCGAGAUUUGGGGAACAAAGUCACUUCAUUGACCUUUUUCUGUGGGAAGACUGUGGAAGACCUAUGCAGAGUCAAGCAGGCUGAGCUGGAUUCUAGGCACAUUGGCUGGAUAACAAGUGAGCUUCCUGGAGGAGAUAACCAUAUCAUCAAAAUUGAGUUGAAGGGUCCGGAGAAUACCCUAAGAGUGCGGCAAGUUAAAGUGCUCGGCUGGAAAGAUGGCGAGUCCAUCAAAAUAGCUGGACAGAUUUCAGCUAGUGUAUCACAGCAAAGGAACUGUGAAUCGGAGACACUGCGUGUGUUCAGACUGAUAACCUCACAGGUAUUUGGCAAGUUGAUUUCUGGAGAUGCAGAACCAACACCAGAACAAGAGGAGAAGGCUCUGCUAUCCUCGCCUGAGGGAGAGGACAAGGCAACUUCUGAUGCAGACCUCAAGGAACACAUGGUUGGUAUCAUAUUUAGCAGGAGUAAACUCACCAACUUACAAAAACAGGUAUGUGCCCACAUAGUACAAGCAAUCAGAAUGGAGGCUACACGAGUCCGAGAAGAGUGGGAACAUGCUAUUUCCAGCAAGGAAAAUGCAAACUCGCAGCCAAAUGAUGAGGAUGCAUCUUCUGAUGCUUAUUGUUUUGAACUGCUGUCUAUGGUUCUUGCUCUGAGUGGGUCUAAUGUUGGAAGGCAGUAUUUAGCUCAGCAGUUGACUUUACUGCAAGAUCUUUUCCAUCUGCUGCAUACAGCUUCUCCCAGAGUACAGAGGCAGGUGACCUCUUUGCUUCGUCGCGUUCUGCCUGAAGUGACACCAUCUCGUCUUGCUAGCAUCAUUGGUGUCAAGUCGCUACCACCAGCAGACAUCAGUGACAUCAUCCACUCUACAGAGAAAGGAGACUGGAACAAGCUUGGCAUUUUGGACAUGUUCCUGGGAUGCAUUGCUAAGGCACUCACAGUCCAAUUGAAGGCCAAGGGAACACCAAUCACUGGCACUGCAGGGAUGAGUGCUGGGAAAGGAGUAACAACGGUCACUUUGCCAAUGAUCUUUAAUUCUAGUUACCUUAGGAGAGGUGAGAGUCACUGGUGGAUGAAAGGCUCAACUCCAACUCAGAUUGCAGAGAUCAUCAUUAAAUUGAUUAAAGAUAUGGCAGCUGGUCACCUCUCUGAGGCAUGGUCCCGUGUCACUAAGAAUGCAAUUGCAGAGACGAUCAUUGCACUGACAAAAAUGGAGGAGGAGUAUCGUUCUCCCGUACGAUGUAUUGCAACUACUAGGCUGUGGCUGGCUGUUUCAUCAUUGUGUGUGCUUGAUCAAGACCAUGUAGACCGGUUAUCUUCUGGAAGAUGGAUGGGAAAGGAUGGGCAGCAAAAACAAAUGCCAAUGUGUGAUAAUCAUGACGAUGGUGAAACUGCGGCAAUCAUUUUGUGCAAUGCGUGUGGAAACUUGUGCACAGACUGUGAUAGAUUUCUACAUCUCCAUCGGCGAACAAAAUCCCAUCAAAGACAGGUGUUCAAAGAGGAGGAAGAGGCAAUCAAAGUGGAUUUACACGAGGGCUGUGGGAGAACUAAACUCUUCUGGUUGAUGGCUCUUGCUGACUCUAAAACCAUGAAAGCAAUGGUAGAAUUCAGAGAACAAACUGGAAAACCUGCAAGCAGCAGCUCAGAAACCUGUCGCUUCUGUGGAUCCAGAAAUGGGACAGAGCUAUCGGCUGUUGGUAGUGUGUGUUCUGAUGCAGACUGCCAGGAGUAUGCAAAGAGUGCCUGCAGCAAGACCCAUCUAUGUGGGCAUCCGUGUGGAGGUGUGAGGAAUGAGGAUCAUUGUUUGCCUUGCCUACAUGGUUGUGACAAAAAUGCAACAAGUCUGAAGCAGGAUGCAGAUGACAUGUGUAUGAUAUGCUUUACAGAGGCGCUUUCUGCAGCUCCUGCUAUUCAGCUUGACUGCAGCCAUGUGUUUCACUUGCAAUGCUGUAGACGAGUUCUGGAAAACCGAUGGCUGGGACCACGAAUCACUUUUGGAUUUAUGUCCUGUCCAAUCUGCAAGAACAAAAUCAAUCAUACAGUAUUAAAGGAUAUCAUGGAUCCAAUAAAAGAGCUUUACGAAGAUGUAAGAAGAAAAGCGUUGAUGAGGUUGGAAUAUGAAGGGCUGCACAAAAGUGAUGCAAUCACGACGCCAGGAGUGCGAUUUUACAAUGAUCCAGCUAGCUAUGCCAUGAAUAGAUAUGCUUACUAUGUCUGCUAUAAAUGCAAAAAGGCAUAUUUUGGUGGAGAAGCCCGUUGUGAUGCGGAGGCUGGACAGGGAGAUGACUAUGAUCCAAGAGAGCUAAUAUGUGGAGGGUGCUCAGAUGUGUCCAGGGCUCAGAUGUGCCCGAAACAUGGUACAGAUUUCCUAGAGUACAAAUGUCGUUACUGCUGCUCCGUGGCAGUAUUUUUCUGCUUUGGAACAACCCAUUUUUGUAAUGCCUGCCAUGAUGACUUCCAGAGGAUGACCAGCAUUCUUAAAGAAGAACUUCCACAUUGUCCAGCAGGUCCAAAAGGCAAACAACUUGAAGGAACAGAAUGUCCUCUUCAUGUGGUUCAUCCGCCCACGGGGGAAGAGUUUGCAUUGGGAUGCGGAGUGUGCAGAAAUGCUCACACUUUUUAACUGAGCCUGUUUCCUUUCCACUUUUGUUAAAUUUUCUUUCCUUUUUGUGAAUUUCAAGACAGACUUCAGCAGUCUGUCACGCCAGGCAGGUUCUGGACGACAGCCUUGGGUCAGGAUGGGACCAAAGAGUCUGCGAACAAGGUUAUUCAGGAAGGAGGCCUCAGAUUCAGCUGUGUAUUCGCAACACAUGCUCUUCAAACCAAACCUUACAUGUUCUUGUCAAACUGAUAACUGUGCGGUGCUUGCAUGUGGUCAUUACAUAUAGCACCAGAUGUGCACAGCACAUGCUUGAAUGCACACGGUAGAGGGAGGCUCCCCAUAUCAAGGUUAUAUAUAAAAAAUGUAUACAGUAUAUGAAUGGCCAGAGGAUAAGCCACAGUAAUGAACGCUGACUUUCCAGUAGCACUGUACAACUGUACUUGCAUCUCGUGGGAAGAAAGGAGAAUAUUUGUUUAUCUACUAGACUGUUAAUUUAACUCUAUGGUUGCUGGAGAGCCGUGCAUUGCGCCCAGCAGAGAAGCGAAGGGUGGUUCAUGGCAUUUGGCGGGUACAUAAACAUAACAAGGUAUAAAAGUUGUAACAAAUGCUGUACAUAAAAAUAUCAAUGUUCGUCCCGUAUAAAAUUUAUUACAUUACAAAGGCAGUUUCAUUUAAACUUCUGGGUUAUGUUUCAGCCUGAACUUUUAAUGAAGUGCAAUACUGAGUGUGCCUCAUAUCUUUGCAGCUGUAAACUUUAUGGAAUGUACAUGUCAAUAAAGCCACUGUACAUUUUUAUACAGUGACAGUCUGGUGAAUGUUUAGGAUCUUAUUUAAGAGGAAUGGCUUUUAAAAAAAUAAAAAUAAAGAGUUAAAUCAUAUUAUCUGUCA